CGAGUCGGCGGUUGCUUCCCGGAAACGAGGUUCGGCGACUGCCGUUGCCAUGUGCGAGGCGGAGGAGGCCGCGACGGCGGCCGCGGUCACCAUCGGCGCCACCGUGCCCACGGGCUUCGAGCUGACGGCGGCCGCCGAGGUGGAGGAGAAGCUGGGCUCGCGCUGCAGCGUGCGCCGCGACCGCGGAAAGAUCUACUUCACCGUCGCCGCCGAGGCCCUGGCGCAGGUUCAUCAGUUAAGAUCAGUGGAUAACUUAUUUGUUGUUGUGAAAGAGUUUACAGAUUACCAGUUUAAAGAAACCAAGGAAGAGUCUCUAAAGGAUUUGGAAGACCUGGUUAAACAACUGCCUUGGACAGACCCUUUGAAAGUAUGGAAGCUAAACACCAGCCUAAAGAAGAAAAAGACAAAACGUAAAAAACAGAACCCACAGGGUAGUGCAAGCAAAGAAAACUUGAGUGAGGGAGAAGGGGAGGAGAAAACAGAUACAAAAGAUGCUGAUAAGAAGUCAGAUGAUCAGGCACAAAAUGCUUUAGGUUUGGAAUCUACUGGCGGACAGGAGACCCAGGCUAUUAUCUCGGUAGAUAACGGCGAACAAUCUGGUGCUAAAGAUGAAUUCCUCACUACUGCUGGAAGUGGAAAUGGAGCUGGUGACUGCAACAAGGAAUCUGAAAAUGAAGCCCCAGUGCUGAAGUUCCGCGUUACAUGCAAUAGAGCUGGUGACAAACAUAAUUUUACAUCAAAUGAUGCAGCAAGAGACUUUGGCGGAGCAGUGCAAGAACAUUUCCAGUGGAAGGCUGACAUGACCAACUUUGAUGUGGAGGUCCUCUUGAACAUUCAUAAUAAUGAAGUGGUUGUGGGCAUUGCAUUAACUGAAGAAAGUCUUCACAGAAGAAAUAUUACACAUUUUGGACCCACAACUCUUCGAUCUACUCUUGCCUAUGGGAUGCUCAGACUCUGUGAUGCUCAGCCAAGUGAUAUAAUAGUUGAUCCAAUGUGUGGAACAGGUGCAAUACCAAUAGAGGGAGCUACUGAGUGGCCUAACUGUUUCCAUAUUGCUGGUGAUAACAACCCACAGGCUAUGAAGAGAAUAGCAAGUAACAUCUGCUCUCUACUAAAGAAAAAUCAGAAUCAGGAAAGUAGUACUUCCUGGGGUGUAUCCCUUGAUACCGUCCAGUGGGAUAUUUGCAAUCUCCCUUUGAGGACUGGAUCUGUGGAUGUUAUUGUAACAGACAUGCCAUUUGGAAAGAGAAUAGGGUCUAAGAAGAAAAACUGGGAUCUCUAUCCAGCCUGCCUUAAGGAAAUGAGUCGGAUCUGCAGGCCUGGGACAGGCAGAGCCGUACUACUUACUCAGGACAAGAAGUGCUUUGCUAAGGCCUUGUCAGAAAUGGGAUGCUUAUGGCAAAAGGGUCCGACAGUCUGGGUGAACGUAGGGGGACUUCAUGCUGCAGUGUAUCUUCUGAAACGUACCUCAGAGGAAGUGGGAGAGAACAGAUCACGCUGGUAAAUGCAAGUGGUGGAGAACAUGAUAAACAUGAUCCUCUCCUCUAAAUUUCUUGGAAAGCUACUUAGGUAAAGCAAGUGCCAGGUCUACCAAUUCUUAGGAACAUUGAAGAGAGCACUGAAAAAAAUGCAUAUAUAGAUUCCGUUUAAUGAAUACUGAUCCAGGGAUCAACUUGGAAAGUGGCAGUUCUACUCUGUGCUCUGGAACCUUCUCAAUUUUGAAGCCAAAUAAGGGAAAAAAAGAAAAGGAAAGAAAGAAAGAGUGCAAAAUCUACAAGUGGAAUUAGCAACAUUUCCAUGUGCCUGAGUCUUUGUUACUACAUUUGUUUUUCAGUUAAAUGGGAAUAUCUGAUGUUCACAACUGAAAACGUUAUUGAAGCAUUUUGAGAGGUAGCAGGCUGGCCUUUAUUUCCCGCCUCCCCCCACCAAAUUUGCAGAAAUUGUACGAAGAUCAUAAAAUUGAUGUACAAGACUGCUGAUGACAGUUGUCUUUAGUUUGAGGGGUUGGGUGAUGAUAUAAUUUAACGGAAGGCUUUUUUUCUCCCUCCCUGCCGAGAGAGAACUCUCCUUUUUGUUCUUAGUUCAUACUUUUGCCAAAAUAUAAGCGUAACAAAGCAGUCCAUGCUUUGAUAAAGAACUGGCAUCUGUUUUUCAGUACAGAGAUCCUGCUGCUUAUGUUUUUACCUGCUACCUCAACUAACUGUUAAUUCAGCAAACACUUCCUUUAUAUUUAUGUACUAUUACUUCGGUUGGGUGGUGAAGUGUACAAUCUGCCUUAACAGAAUGUGUCUAGUGAUAACUGAAUACAAAUAAUUCUACAGAAAUACUGUAGCACUAAUAUACUGCUGUAUGUUUCCUAUGUCUAGCAUGAGCAGAUUAAGAUGGUUGUAAUACAGUUAAGUUGAACUAGAUUCCUGUUGAAAUGGUGACACAGCUUACAGCUAUGUGGUAAGAGCAGAAUAAAUACAGACUGUCAUGAUUCUUGUUCCUUUUGUAAACUAAGCAUAUUAAGAAACUACUUACAUUAUUUUAUUAGAGGUGAAAAUUCAAGUUAAUUGGACAGUGCAUAAGUUUACAUCACUUUUCCCCUCUUAAAUACUCGUUUUUACUUCUAAAAGCAUUUAAGUUCUAGAUGUUUCCAAUAAGAGUUGAGUUCCUUAGAAAUUUUCCCUCUUGACUGCAUUCAUUCUCUGUUUCUACUGUAGUGAGGUUUCCAUGCAACUUUUAAUAUCUACAGUACAAGUCUCUUCACAUAGAAAGAGAAGUACCAGCAGUGUUACCAUUGUAAUAAAGGUAUUGGAGACAUUUUGUCCCCCAUGUGGCCACACUGAGCUAUAAUGCCCAGCAACAGUUCUUGCAUGAAAUGAGUGAUUUGUUUUUCAAACAUUCUCUACUGCACUGAACUCUAUUACAUCCAGAUUCAUAAUGUAAUAUUAGGAUCUUAAAAUAGAUUACCUUGGAUUUGAGUUCUGGUUACUUGUUACCAUUGUCUAUAAUAAAGAACAAGCUUAAUAGCUUAAAAAACAAAAAAGUCUCAUGCAUUUAAAAUGUUUAUCACAGUUUCCUUAAGAUUAAAAUAAAUUUCAUAAGCUACCAGUCAUCUCGAAUAAAGAUCUGUUUUUGAAAACUCCAGCUAACUACAUGCAUAUUUCAUAACUUAAAUGAUUAUAAAAAGCAUUUACUAGUGAAAGUUAGGCAACUUCAAAAUAAGCAAGCAGUAACUAAAAUUGCGAAGUGAAACUGCAUUGUUGAGAUGGGAAUACAUGUCUGAUCCAA